UCCUCGUCGGCGGCUGGGCUUGGGCACCAAACGCGUUGGGGCAGCCGCCGCGGCGGGCGCACGGGUCGGCAGCCAACGAACGCGAAGCUGCUGCAGCCCCACGAGCAGCACCGGAAUACAUAACUCGCGACCGCUGGGGCAGCACCCACACACAACACAGCAGCCAUGGCCCCCCUCGACCUAAGUGCGCCGGCCUGGAAGGUGCGGAGGCAGGCCGCCUCGAAGAUCCAGGGCUUGGUACGGGCGAAGAAGGGCGGUUCGUUGCUCAUGAUCAUCGCGCGGCGGGUCUACGAGAUCGGGUAUGAUGCGGAAUCAGAGGAGUACUUUUACUACAACAAGAUGACCGGCGACUCGCUCUGGGACCCUCCCUUGAUUCUCAAGGCGUGUCCGCCGUACCGCACGGAUCGACGAGCCAUUUCUUGUGCGACGACGAUCCAGGCCGUCAUGAGAAGUGCAUUAGCGAGAAAAGAGGUCACAAAAGUGAUGAGGGAGGUGUAUCGGAAGGACUUCGAUCCCGAUUCGGGGGAUUACUACUAUACCAAUGUCAGAACGAAUGAAGUCCGGUGGGACAACCCCGCCGAAGCUUUGAGCUUAAUCAAAGCUGAAGAUGCCGCGCCGGAGCUCGGUCCCGAUUCUCAGUUGAUUGUCAGUAAGGAUUCCGAGAUUGAAAGACUGAAGAAAGAAGUAGAAGAUGCCAAGAGGGAGGCCUACGAGGCCAAAACCAGCACACAUGCGAAGCUCGACAAAGAUCUGCGACUGGAACGCAUGGCCAACGCCCUGAAGGGCCAGAAGCGCUCUAGACAUUUCGACGAGUGGCGGAAUGAACAUAUAGUCGCGUGGUUCCUCGAGAUGGACCUCGAGGAGUACGUGCCUGCGGUCCUAGCUUCGAAAGUUGAUGGGUUACUAUUGCUGAACAUGGAUGAGGACGACUUCCGGGAGCUAGGCAUCACGAAACGGCUCCAUCAGAGGAAAAUAGACAUUGCCCUCAAGAAAUACAAGCUGAGGUACGAGCGACGCGAAGCCGGCGGCGACGACGACAUCGACAUCCAGGCCGAAGAAGUGGACGGCGACAUGGACGAGUCCGACAAAUCUUCUUCGGAGGAAAGCUACUCCGACAGCGACGACGAAGAAGAAAAGACGAAGGAGGAGGCGAUUGUGGAAGACGGCGACGACCUGCUGCCGACGGAGGAGGAGUUGCUCGAGCUGAAGCGGGACCGGGACAACAUCCAGAUCGACGUGCUCUUCCCGGGCGACGAAGAGACCUACCCCCAGAUCGGCGACGUCGUGCGGUGUCAUUACGUGUGCAAGAUCGCCGAUACGGGCAAGGAGGUUGAGAAUACGAGGAAAGCCAAGCAGACCUUCGAAUUCGUGUUAGGUAUCGGCCAGGUCAUCAAGGGCUGGGACCGCGGGGUCCUGCAGAUGAGUUUCGGGGAACGGUCGAAACUUACGAUAUCCGCGGAAUACGCGUACGGCGAGCAUGGCGUGAAGCCAUUGAUACCGCCCUACGCGAAGUUGAUUUUUGACUUGGAGCUAUUGAGGUGGCACCCGCGGCCGCACUGGUCGAAACCCCUCAUCCAGCAGCCCGGCUUAACCGAAUAUCCUUAUGAAGAUCCAAGAGCAGCAGAAGAGGAGGCCGGCGACGACGACGAGUUCGCCGAUUUAGAAGAUGAUGAGGUCGAUGGCGGGGACCUGAACGCGUCGGACAAGAUGUCGUCGCUGCUGGCGAAGGGGUAAGAGAGUCAUGUG